UGGAUUCAAAUCGUGAGAAAUCCCAACAGACCUACUGGGACAGGUGGAAUUCUCUGUAAUAACACAAGAAGGCUUGUGGUGGGCUUUUAUGAGAAAAAAAUUGGGAUAACUAUGAGCUUAGCUACUGAAUUGUGGACUUUGAGAAGGGGGCUAAGUAUUGCAAGACAGCAUGGAAUACAAAGGUUGGAAAUGACUGUUGGCGAUGUUGGGGCAAUUUCAGGAGACCAAUUUGCUGAAGCAGGAAAUGACGGAAACCAACAGAAGUGCUGGCAAGGAAAGGUGUCCAGACUAAAGAAGGAUGCCGUGUUUUUGUCAAUGCUAUUGAUCGUAUUAAAGAACAACUUAAUGCUGAUGCUAUAA